CAUUCAAAAAGUUGAGAACAUCUUGUAAGCAGUCUUUAACCUUUUACACAUGAAUGAAUUUUUAAAGUGCAACAAUGGACAAACAACAGAGGACCGGCGAAUGGGAAAAAGACGAAGGCGGCGGCGGAUUACUCUGCCGGUUAGCCCAUCUCGUCUUGCCAUACUUAGACCCUGCCGGUCUAGCCUCCGUCUCAACAACCUGCAAGGGGUUACAUGUAGUUUCCAAGGCUAUUACUUCCAGUCGAAUCUCCGAUGCUUCUAGAUACUUGGAGAAUUACCCAAUUCCUUUCUUCAACUCCGUCGACUCCGAACUUUACGCCAAUUUCAUCUACUCCCCUGUUCAGACCCUAUCCACCUCCCCAUCCAUCCCCUGGGGAGGUGGGUCGGGUCGAGUUAGGACGGACCCGUUUCUAGUUCGGGUGGAGGGUGCUCACGGGUGCGAUUGUGAGAGUUGCGACUUGGACUCUGAUUCUAAUUGCCCAUGUAUGGAUUUUUCUGAGUUGCCGACCCGAGAAUGCGGGCCAAGUUGCUGCUGCGGGUCGGAGUGUGGUAACAGGUUAACUCAGAAAGGAAUUUCAGUGAAGCUGAAGGUUGUGAAGGAUAGGAGAAAAGGCUGGAGCUUGUGUGCUGCUGAAUUCAUUCCAAAAGGGAAAUUCAUAUGCGAGUAUACAGGAGAACUUUUGACCACUGAGGAAGCAAGAAACCGCCAGAGGCUAUAUGACAAAAUUUCAAAGAGUGGUCACUUUUCUCCUGCACUGCUGGUUGUGAAGGAGCACCUUCCAUCUGGAAAUGUGUGUAUGAGAAUCAACAUUGAUGCUACCAGAAUUGGCAACAUUGCCCGCUUCAUUAACCAUUCCUGUGAUGGUGGUAAUCUUUGUACAUUGAUAGUGCGAAGUUCUGGAGCUCUGCUACCCAGAGUUUGCUUUUUCUCUUCCAGGGUCAUUUUGGAAAAUGAAGAGCUCGCUUUCAGUUAUGGGGACACUACAGUUAACUCUACAGGCUCUCACUGCUUUUGCAGUAGUGCUUGUUGUCGUGGGAUCCUUCCAGCAGAGCACACAUGAUGUAGUAAGGAAAUCACAAGUUCUAUACCUGAACCUCACACUUGUGCUAUUUGAGGCUAUGUCUGGUCUUCACAUCAAUAUGUUAAAAAGUAUCAUCUACCCUGUGAAUGAAGUGCCAGAACUGGAUAUGCUAGCUGAGACGUGUUGUACUACUGGCUCUUGUCCUACUUCUUACCUGGGACUGCUCUUGGGUGCUAAAUAUAAAUCCAUUGAGAUCUGGAAUGGUGUGAUAAAAAAGUUUGAAAAGAGCCUAGCGUCUUGGCAAAGGCAAUAUCUAUCCUUAGGUGGCAGGUUGACCCUUAUCAAUAGUAUCCUGGACAGCAUACCAACUUAUUUCAUGUCACCCUUCCCUAUACCAGCCAAAAUCCAAAAACAGUUAGACAGACUCAGGAGUACCUUCCUAUGGGAGGGUAACAGUCAAUGCCACAAAUUCCAUCUAGUGAAAUGGCCUAAAGUUACACUUCCAAA